AGGAGACGAGGGUGGGGGAUAUUAAUUUGGUCUAGUUGGGUAGACGGUCCCUCUGUUGUGCUGAACUGGGUAUAACGGCCCCGAUUUUCCUCCUCUUCCUAUAUCGUCAUAUGUAUCUAAUGUGAUUCGUUGGAGACAUUCAUUCUCGGUUACUUUCCUACCACACUGAAGAAAGACUUCUUCACCAUGGCGGCUGGCGGAACGGGAGGCAGUAAUAAAACAUACUCUUUCAAGGUGGUUUUGUUAGGAGAGGGGUGUGUUGGCAAGACGUCAUUGGUGUUGCGAUAUUGUGAGAACAAAUUCAACGACAAACACAUAACCACUCUUCAGGCAUCCUUUCUCACAAAGAAACUGAACAUUGCAGGAAAGAGGGUGAAUCUUGCAAUCUGGGACACGGCUGGCCAGGAGCGGUUCCAUGCACUGGGACCAAUCUAUUACAGAGACUCCAAUGGAGCCAUAUUAGUUUAUGACAUCACAGACGAGGACUCCUUCCAGAAGGUGAAAAAUUGGGUCAAAGAGUUACGAAAAAUGUUGGGGAAUGAAAUAUGUUUAUGUAUAGUAGGUAAUAAAAUAGACCUGGAGAAGGAGAGACAUGUAUCAGUUGAAGAAGCAGAGGGGUAUGCAGAGUCUGUGGGAGCUAAACACUACCACACAUCAGCCAAAUUAAACAAAGGAAUCGAAGAGCUGUUCCUUGACUUGUGUAAAAGAAUGAUGGAGACAGCCCAGGCAGAAGAGCGGGCAAAGGGUAACGGCGCCAGCCAAACAGCAACGUCACGGAGGGGAGUCCAAAUAGUGGAUGACGAACCCCAAGCCGCCACAGCCGCGGGGGGCUGCUGCGCAUCUGGUUAAACCCACCUCAGCUCCAACCCCCUCCCCUCAUCUCCCCCUGCCUGACCACACCAAGGACUUUCGCCUCUCUGCGCUUUUUUUUUUUUUUUUUCCCCUCUCUAUCCCCUUGUCUUCUUUUCUUCCAUGAAGACCACCAUUCUCAGAUUAGUCACUCACUGUGUGCUCUCUGGCUGUGUGGAGUCAUGCGCUUUAACCGUGUGUCAGUGGUGCAUUCAGGGGAUCUGUCUGAGGGCCAGCUCAGAGGUACCAGUGAACGGCCACAGUGUCUGCUCUCACUCUUCUCUCUGGCAGAUUGAUACCAGUGGGCUUCUAACUCCAAGGCCUUUUACUGAACAUUGCUCUCUCUCUCGCAUAAACGCAUAUACACACUUUACACACUAACUGACGUACAGAUUCUCUGGUCUGAUCUGUCUGGGGGGCUUUUUGUUUGUUUGGUUUUUUUUUUUGUCUUUUUUUUUUUUUCUGUAAGGAUAUUGUGCAUGGUGGAUUUGAUUUCUGUAAAGGCUUUGAUUGUUUUGCUUUUAAGAGAACAAAAAAAAAAAAUCUUUAUUAUUUAAUAACUUAUGUACAUGUUUGCUGAAAUCACUAUGACGUCCAUGCCCUUUGUACUUGUGGUAGUUAGUGAGGUCCUCAGAUGCAUCCCUUGUGAUCUGUUUUCUGUUCAUUUUAAAAUUUGGCAGAUAUUUGGGUUCUUGCUGACUUUUGAUUCUUGCCUGUCACUCUCAAGGCUUUUGUUAUACUGGAUCUCUCUCAGUUUGUCAUGCUGGUAUGUAUAAUGCCCACAACCAAACAAAACCUUGUACAAUACGCAUUGGAACAUUUUAUCCGCUUUUACAAGCUUUGGGAAAUGAUAUGCAGGUGUAGAGAAGUGUACAUUAGUCUUGUUGAUGACUGUAAAAUGAAAAUAACAAUUGUGGGUGAAAGCACACUUUUUGGAACUACAAUUUUUUUAACUGCUUGUGUCAAGUGUUUUGUAAUAGAACAAUUAUAACAAUUUACAAUGCUUAGGUGUCAAAUACAUUGUCAUUAUUUAAUAUAUUCAUAGGAAAUCCUAUUAGUUCAGUCUGUCUGCAAAAUACCAUCAGCAAUUAUCCCGAUUUGCU